CAUUGCACACUGGCAGCCGGGAUCGGGAGGACGCACGAGGCGCGCGCAAAAAAAAAAAAAAAAACAGGCAGAAUCGUGCGUGUGUGUGUGCGUGUGUGUAUCUUUCGUUCGCGAAGACACGGUCCGUGACAGGGACCCGUGCGUCACGAGUCGUCGCAUCGAGAUAAUCCUUGACACGGUCGCGUCGCGUCCAGAUAAGGGCCCAUUAUUUUGAAGAAGACAAAUAUAGAUAUAUAUAUAUAUACAUAUAUAUACACACACACGUAUUCUCCCGCGGAGCGAUUCGCACGCAUCAAAAUGACGGAGACGGAGAACAUUUUCUUGUUCGUGCCCAAUCUGAUCGGUUUUGCCAGAGUGAUUUUGGCGUUGAUUUCCUUUUACUUUAUGCCCACCAAUUACGUCGUCGCAUCAUGGUGUUACGUGAUCAGUUCCGGCCUAGACGCGAUAGACGGCCACGCGGCCAGGUAUUACGAUCAGAGCACGAAAUUCGGUGCCAUUCUGGACCAGCUGACGGACAGAGUGGGCACGAUGUGUCUCACGGUCACGUUGUGCCUCUUCUAUCCCGCCUACACUUUCUGGUUUCAACUUAGCAUGGCUAUUGACAUCGCCUGCCACUGGAUAUAUUUGCACACAACUCUCUUGCAAGGCAAGACCAGUCACAAAUUCAUUGACAUGUCGGAAAACCCAAUCAUGAGACUUUAUUACACGAAUCGCACGGUCUUGUUCCUCAUGUGCGCGGGUAACGAAGCGUUCUACGCCUGUCUGUACUUCCUACAUUUUACCGAAGGACCCAUUUUGGCCGGUAUUGGUCUGUUCAGACUGGUGAUGUAUCUGAGCGCUCCGAUUGCUUUCGUCAAAACUGGCAUUUCUCUGUUGCACGGAUACGUAUCCUGCAUCAAUCUCAGCAUCAUCGAUGUAAAGGAACGUCAGGAGCGACGUUCUGUCAAAGCGAAUUAAAAAAAAUCUGUCUUCAUACAAAGCAUUCAACUAGUCAGGUCAAAUGUGAUUUCCAAAGAUCUUCCUGUAUUCCAUGAACUCUGACACACACGCGUUGUGUGUUUAUAUAUUUCCGUACACACACACUAACACACACACAUAUAUAUAUAUAUUUCUAUAAAAAGCAGAAAGAAAAUAUCCUCCUAAAGACACAUGGUCGAAAUAUCUCUCAUAUAUGACUCAAGAAAAGAGAUGAAAUGUAUGAAACAAAUGAUAUAUAUAUAUAUGUUUCCUGAUGUCUCAGAAGAGAUGUGCAAAGGCCAAGGUCUUUAUUUUUAUUAGAACAUAAGUUGAAUCAUGUAUAUCUCUCUCACAAGAAAAAGCAGUUAUUCUUUGAAACAAUUAAUAUUUACAAGAUGCCUAUAAAUAGUUUAUCUGCUGCUUCUUAGCUACUAUAUGUUGGACCAGUUAAGUUAAUAUUCUCUAUUUUUGAGAUACCUUGAUAUUUAUCUGUUAUAGCGCCAAAUCAUGGAUUUUUAUAUAUAUUAACGCUCUCUCUUAUGUUUUAUACUAUUUUGGUAAUAUUAUAUGAUUUCAGAUAUCUUGUACACACGAUAUUAACGUGUAUGAUAAGAUUGCAUAUUGUUAGGCAAUAUUAUAUUGUGGCAAAAAUUAUGUUGAAUAAAAAUAAAGUGGAAAAAUUCCAUUUCUUCUCAAA